AUGGGAUCAGGGUGGCCACUGUCUCUUUUGCUGAUCUUCACUACCUGUGUGACAGAUCCAGCCACAGGAGUCAUAGUGUUUGGUGACCUCCUGCGAACUGUGGAAGUGGAAGACAGUGCUGCUCCAGGGACAACUGUGGCCAACUUCACUGUCAAAUGUACAAACUCCAGUAUUACGCCCCGUGUAAUUCAGAAUGUCAGCCCCGUGACCACUUUUUUCAAUCCGCCAAGCCUUUUUUCUCCUAGCAUCUAUCAGGUGAGCCUUAGUCCUAGUGCUGCUCUGGAUGCCAAGCAGGUGAAUCAGUAUGUCUUGACAUACAGUGCAGAGUGUGGAACAGAAUCAGAUGUAUCUACGCUGUUUAUCAAAGUCACUCCAGCAAAGAAAUUGGAGUGCAACACUCCCCCUGCUGACAUAGAUCUGUUACAAGUUCCUGAGGAUAUUACUCCUGGAACAUUGAUCUACACACCUGUACUGAAGAGGACAGGCACAAGUACCUUGAAUUAUGCAUUUGAGAAUUCUUCUCUACCUUUCCAAAUGAGUCGUGAAGGGGUGCGUGCACCCGCUGCAGGCUUUAGUCGUGAGCAAGCUGGCAAGAUAUUCUCAAUGGUAAUUGUGACAACAAGCACUGAUGGUAUCAGCUGUCAAAUCCCUCUGUCAGUCCAGGUCCUGCCUGUUUACCAUAACCAAGUCAAUUUCACGGAAUCUUCAGUAGCAAAAACCAUUUUGGAAAACUCAGGGCCACUCCAGAAAAUUAUACAGGUCCAAGCCAAUGCAGAAAAUGUGGAAAAUUUGCUGUAUCAGAUCAUCUCCCCAGACACAAACUAUUUUACCAUUAUUCCAGAUACAGGCAUGAUCAUGAACACGUACAACUUGGAUUUGAAACGCAAUCCAGGCUUAGCUGAAACUCAGCUGUUGGUGAAGGCCUACAACAAGCUUCAUCCAAGUGACUUUGCCACGAUCAUGGUCAACAUUACUGUAAAAGAGCAGAAUCUUGAAGGACCUCUGUGUUCUCCUGCAGUGUUUGUGACUGAAAUUCCAGAGACAUACUCCAUUGGAAGCCCUCUACAGAUUCUAUCUUGUAGCGAUCGGGAGAAUGGCAAUAGUACCCUUCACUACCAAAUGGAAGAUGCACAAAGCCCUCGCUAUAGCUUCAGAAUGGAGGGACCAAAUCUUCUGGUGAAUACCACUUUGGAUUACGAUUCAGAAGUUAUGGCUAGUCUUGCUUUCCAGUACCGAGCUGCCAUUCUGGUAUCAGACAGUGGAAGCCCCCCACGAACUACCCGGGUGCCUGUGCUUGUGACAGUAAGCCCAGUGAAUGAGUACAGCCCACAGUGCUUACAACGGUCUUUUAGUGUACGAGAGGAUGCUGGCUUUGGGGACAUCUUUGGAAAUGCCAGUGGCAUUGACCAAGACUAUCCUUUCAAUAACAUUGAGUACAACAUCCUGGGGGAAGAAGCUGGAUCUUCUCCUAUGUUCUACAUUGGGCGGCGCACAGGGCUGCUGCAUGUUCUGGGCCCAUUGGACUAUGAAAAGGUGAAGGCAUAUCGCCUGGCAAUUAGCCUAAAAGACAUAGAUAAUGGAGCAGAAGGCCCACGUUCCACGCUGUGCAACAUCACCAUUAAUGUACAGGAUGUGAAUGACAACCCACCUGUCUGUAAUCCAUCAUUCUACGAAAAGCCCAUAUAUUCCACCCAGGCCCAAACCUUAAGCAUCAUGCAGCUGGCUUGCAGUGACCGCGAUGUGACAAGUGAACUGAACUACAACAUUGUUGGUGGCAACAUAAAUGGACGUUUUCGCAUGGAGGGUGACAGGCUGUUCCCUAAUACCUUUUCUUACAACCGUGAUGGUAUUUUUGAUCCCCUCACUUUUAAGCUUCUUGUAGAAGUGACAGACAGUCGCAGCACACCUCGGUUCAGCACCACAGCCAUCAUUCUUGUUCAUGUGAUCCCCUGGACCACAACUGUGCCUACUACUACCACCACUACUACGACAGUGCCCAAAAAACCCAUCAUUUUGCACAAAACCAAUGAAUACUGGGCACCAGAUCCCUGGUUUGUGGUGGUUAUUACUCUCACUGGAGUCCUUCUCCUUUCUGUCUUGGGUUUGUUGUUCUGGAGGCUCUGCUGGAGGAAGGCACCAGGAAUGAUGUCCCAACCAUUACUUCAGAAUAAGGCCAAAGGGCUGGAAAGAAAUUACAUCAUGGCAGAAGAGCCAGACAAAGGGAAAGGGAAAGGAGCCAAUGAGGUGCUGGGUCUGGUAUGGCAUCCACUCCAGUUUGAUGGCCGCGCUCAAGACCCUGGUGAGUUCAAUCUCUGUUUUGUUCUUUAUGUUUUUGAAAGCAAUCUCAAGGUACGAGGAGAAAGCCUAGUUGUUCAACCAAUCAAUCAAUGCAACAAGUGGAAGACAAAUUGUUUCCUCCUUCCAAAUCUGCUCUUUCACAUCAAUGUCAUUCUUUCAGGUAAAACUGUAGUCACUAGAAGGAGGCUGAGAAGUGUAUUUUCUAUCACCUUGGAAUGUGCUCCUGUCAGAGCAAGCAGCAAACCCAUCAUAUUGACAGGCCAAUAUUACCUGUUCGACAGCAGCACUGGAGCACGUCGCUGGGUCCAAUGGGAGAAGCUCUUCAUUCACAGUGAUGAGGUGGAGGGCCUCUUAGCAAAGAGUCCCCAGUAG